ACCCCCGAGUGAAGGGCACCUUUCAGUGUGUGUCCUGCUCAGCAGCAGCCAGGACAGUGAGAGGCAGGGGGUCCUGAGGCACGGGAUGGCUCUGGUGUUUCUCCUGCUCUUGGUGUCCACUGCACCCGUGGGUGCCACCCUGGAGCAGGGGCUGCCGAGGCGGGAGCCGCGGCGCCUCUCGUGCGUGCGCUGCUGCGGGCCCCAGGAGCAGCCUGUCUCCAUCAUCUCCUCACGAUACACGAGGAUGAGCAGUGACCCUGCCUACUCGGUACCCAAAGUCCAGCCCACUAUAGAUAUCACCAUCCUCAAAGGUGAGAAGGGUGAAAUGGGAGAGAAAGGAUACCCUGGAACAGUUGGGAAAGCAGGAGAAAGAGGGCUACGUGGCUUUAAUGGGCGGAAGGGACAGAAAGGCCAGCCUGGCCCUCAAGGCCAUUCCUGCAAGCAGCUCUAUGCUGCUUUCUCGGUGGGUCGGAGAAAACCCCUUCAUAGCUCCGACUACUUCCAGCACGUCACUUUUGACACUGAGUUUGUGAACCUCUACAAGCACUUCAAUAUGUUCUCGGGGAAGUUCUUCUGCUACGUUGCAGGAAUCUACUACUUUAGCCUCAAUGUCCACACCUGGAACUUCAAGGAGACCUACCUGCACUUGAUGAAGAAUGAGAAAGAGGUGGCCAUCCUCUAUGCCCAGCCCAGUGACCGGAGCAUCAUGCAGAGCCAGAGCCUGAUGCUGGACCUGCAGGAAGGAGAUGAGGUCUGGGUGAGGAUGUUCAAGCGGGAAAGAGAAAAUGCCAUCUACAGUGAGGAGUCUGAUGUUUACAUCAUCUUCAACGGCCAUUUAAUCAAGCCAGCAGUAGAGUAGCCCUUCAUCAGCUCUAGGCUCAAAGCUUUGGUAGAUACUUCCCUCUUAGAAAUGCAUGUCUAGUCCCACAUGGAGGGGUUACAGGCCUCCUGGCCUGCUGACAGGGUUGUCUGCCCAUGCCAAGAACACCUGUGUGG